AUGCCACUUCCUAAACAUACAGUUCAACCGGUCAAACUCAGUCAGGUAAUUGUCCCGAAUGGCAUCGACAAUGAGUUGGAAUUUGUUGUUAAUUCCACGGUCUGCAAUGUCAUGAGACAGAUAGCAUCAGUUAGCCGAUUGGCCAACACCAUGUUCGAAGAACUCACUACCGAUUUUUCUCGACUAGUUGAGCGGACUGUUCGUCUGCAAAAUCGUCUGGGAAAACUUCAUGAAGAUAUGCAAAUGGCGCGCAGCGGUGACGAAGACCUUACUGCUGGAGUACAAGAAGUUGAGAUUCCGGUGUUCUCUAGCAAAAAACCAACUGAUAGCCAGGUAUUAAAUCAAAAUACCAUACCUCCUUCUAUGCGGUCACAAUAUGAUCAAGCAGAAGCAGCUCCAGCACUUCAACAAAUGGAUGAACUCAGAGAUGAUAAGAAAACUAGCAUGAGGUUGUAUUCAGAUCCCAGCUUUUUCUUUGAUUUAUGGAGUCAGGAAAUGUUACAAGAUCGCAAACAUAAAAGAGCCGCCAAGAAAAAAAGACCAAAAGGAAAGGGAAAAGCUACUCCACUUAAAAGUGGAUCUAAUCAGGGAGCUCAGAAACCUCAACUUAUCAUUCAGCAACCAGGAGUUGGUGGCCAUAAACUUCCUGCACCGUUAUUCGAACAAAACGGUCCUGUUAAUGCCAGUUCUCAUAUGGAUAGGAAUGUCAAUAUUGUCAACGGUAAACCCACCCAGCAUCAGUUUCUAAAUAAUGGGGAUUUCGGAAAUCCUUCAUUACCUCCUCCGCCACCUCCACCAAAUGCUCUUCAUUCGUCAACACAAGUUGAUAAUGUACAGGAUUUUCGACACGCAUCUAAUCAAAAGAGUGGUUAUUCCCCAACUAAACCUGACCUUAGUGGUGUUAAUCAGUUUCCUUCAGUUACCAACAACAUUUGUAGCAACCAAGACCCUUCACCAGCUCAUCAGAUGACUCUUCCUGACCCUCCCGCACUCCAUACACAGAUGACAUCUCUUAUUUUACCACCACCACUUCCUCCAGCGUUCUUGAGCGACGGAGAGUUAAAAGUCUCAGAUAUGAACGAAAAUUCACAUCCAAAUGAUGUAGCUGCUAGCAGAGACCCAACUGGAAAAGAUGGGGAUGAUAGGAUAUCAUCACCCACACAAAUGCAUGAUGGCAAAGAGAAACAGUCUCAGUAUAUUAAUUCUGUAGGUAUGGAAUCGUCAUCAUCGGCACCACACAAUCUUCCUCCACCUCCUCCCGCGCCGAUUUUCGAGGCGAAGAACUUCAAUGAGCCUUUUAAACCCAACAAACAGCCUAGCGAGUCGGAUACUUGUGAUCAUAUAUCCGCUUCUUCGACCCUUCCUCCUCCAGUGACACCUUUUGUUGUUUCGCCACCUCAAACAUCUAUUCUAUGCUCAUCUACACAACCUCCACCACCCCCACCUCCACCUCCCUUCAUACCAAACCAGAAAGUUGGGUCUGAAAGUCCAAGCAAUCAAGCAGCUUUAUCAACUAAGAACACUAUCCCACGAUGCAGUGUACCUCAGUGUCCUCCUGCAGAUUUGCUUUCUGCUAUACGCGCUGGCUGUCAGUUACGCAAAGUGGGUGAACGAAAUCUUCCCGAUCAAUCGAAAUUUAGCCGUGCAAAUAGUUUAUCAACUCUGGUAAACAAACCUAAGGAUGUUCAAGCGAUUUAUGAAGCUGUUAGGCGUCGUCGGGAAUGUAUGGAAAAUAAUUCCUCGGAAGAUGACGAUGACGACAAAGAUGCAGACAGUAAUUCUUCCGGUUGGGAGGACUAG